AAAAAAAAAAAAAAAGCAAACUCCUCUUCACAUUGAAACGUUAUGAGCGGGCAGGAACAGACAAAGCUCAGUCGCUGAGAUUUCACUGAACGUGAUGGAUCCAGAGAAGAAGAGCGUGAUUCUGAGGGAAGGAUUCCUGGUGAAGAGGGGUCAUUUUGUUCACAACUGGAAGGCCCGCUGGUUCGUGUUGAUGCCGGACAAGCUGCAGUAUUACAAAUAUGAAGGAAGUAAAAGAGACUCGUGUCAGAGAGGAAAGAUCCUGCUCAAGGACUGUGUGUUGACUUGUCCUUAUCUGGAGUAUGAAAACCGACCGUUGGUGCUGAAGCUGAGAACGACCAAUCGGGUGGAUCAUUUUCUGGAGGCUUGUUCCAGAGAGGAGCGAGACGAGUGGGCAGCUGACAUCACUGCUGCUGUGGACAGGCUGCGAGCAGCUGGUGGUGGGAACAUGAAGAGCGAGCAGAAACCAGCUGUGUCGCAGUUACACGACAUAGACCUCAGCAAAGUGCUGGACUCCAUGUAUGACGUCCACAGUGGCAUCAAGAUGAGCAGCCACGUGGAGCAGGGCUGCACGUACAGCAACUGCUUCUCAGGUUCAUCUGUGGUGGACUGGCUGGUCUUCAUGCAGCUGGCUCUGAACCGCGUCGAGGCCGUGACUCUGGCCACUGCCCUGCUGGAGGAGGGUUUCCUACGGACUGUGGGUCAGAAGAGUGUGGAGGCCCUGCGCACCGCCGGCCUCACCGAGCAGUUCAUGGACGACUCCACUGCACUGUACAGCUUUUCUGACAGUUUGACAAAAAGAGGCAGCGUGAAGGCCGAGACGUCGCUGUCUGCAGUGGAGCUGAGUGGACAAGUCGUAAAGACGGGAUAUCUGCUGAAACAGGGACACCGACGCAAGAACUGGAAGGUGCGGCUGUUUGUGCUGCGUUCGGAGCCUGAUUUCCUUCACUACUAUGAUCCCACAAGAGAUGACCUCAACCCUGUGGGCGGGUUCUCACUGCGCGGCUGUCUGGUGUCGUCUCUGGGCGAUAACGGAGUUCCCUCAGGUGUGAAGGGCAACAUUCAAGGAAACCUGUUUAAGAUCAUCACUCAGGCUGACACACAUUAUUUCAUCCAGGCGCCGAGUCACCAGGAGAAGAUGGAAUGGAUUGAAGCGAUCAGCAAGCAGACGUGAAUCAGCAGAUCUGGUUUGAAACACUGAAUUUACACAUUCUGUGAAUGUCCUGCAGCAAGAAAAACAGAUUUUCUAUUUUUUUUAAUCCUCAAAAAGUUGGAAACUAUCCUAGCCUGACUAUAUUUAAUUUCACAAUGUGUAUAUAGAAGUUUUUGAUUUUGAUUUUUCUAAACAACUGUAGCAUUUCUCCAGUGUAAAGUUCAUUUAGUCAAAAAAUGUUCAUGUAUCUUUCUAGAUU